AUGCGACCACGUUGUGAAGACAUCGGCGCCCAUCGUCUUUACCAAGCACGGCCACCCCCGAUCCGAGAUGGUUGCGCACUCGACAAGUCAACCUUGUGCGAAAAUGGGGGCGUCAAUGGUCCGAUUGGAGAAGGGUCGGCAGAAGGGGAGAUCGUAUCAGAGCUGCAGAAAUUUCUGCCCAAGGCGAACAAGACGCCGACCAUUGGCGAAUCGCUGCCGGGGCCCGAGUCUCCCGAGUUUCCCAAGCUCUUACCGAAGAACACGUAUGACGGCUUCAUCAACACGCCGUUGUCGAACGUGCUGGAGAAUGCAAAGGUCGAGCGUGUGAUUGUCUGCGGCGUCAUGACCGAUUGCUGCUGUGAUACCACGGCUAGAUCGUCUUUCAACCGCGGCUAUGAGACAUGGCUUGUAAGUGAUGCUUGUGGCUCGGCGAACAAGACACAACACGAGGCAGGUCUAAAGGGAUUCUGGUUCGCGUUCGGCGAGGGGAUGAAGACAAACGAGGUGAUAUCGAUGCUCGAUGAGUGA